ACCCACUCUCAAAAAAAUAUACAGCUUCUCUUAAAUUUCACAUUUAAAGUCAUCUAAGAUGAGGAUCUUUAGUGUAUGCGUCUUUUUUUGAUAGAUAUCGAAUCGGAUUCGAUAAAUAUCGAAUCGGCUAUUCACUUGAAACAUCAGCGUUUACAUAUUUCAUUUUCAAAUUGCACUUCCGUCAUAAUAAACAGAACGUAUGAUAAAGAAAUCUUAAAUGAUCCUUCAACUUGGGUUUACUGACACUUUUCAUAAGAAAAUGCUUCAUUAUUUUAAGAUUUUAAGCAAGCACAAGAUCUAACAGUUCCUUUAUAUCUGUGUAUUGAGUCUACUAUUUGGUUCACGACGGAAAGCAUCAAAGAUCUCUUCACACCUCGUUCAAAGUAAAGCUCAGACUAUUUAAUAAGGCAUUCUCCGGCAGUGAUGGGCUCCCUGAUAACCGUGAUCGCUAAUGUGGCAAGACCUGGGUUCGAUUCCACCCUGACACGUCUAUGAUUUGAGAGUGCCAAGCGGAUACCGAUUGGUUCGGAGAUCACUGCAAUCAUGGUGAAAUGAUUUGCAUUAAACAUCUGAGCUUAAACAUAGGACGUAAAACCUUUUGAAAUACAGUAAAACAUUUAUGUUGCAUUUCGAUGGUUUUGUUCUCUAAAGUUAAGCCCUGCUCUAAGUUUCCGUUUGGAAUUUAAAUAACAGUUUGGAAUUAUAUUCCCGCUACUCGUAUCAGUAAAGGAUUUCCGCCCUGCCAUCGGUAUAACUAACUGAUCAAAACUUUUACCGGUUGGUGGAUUAUUAUUAAAAACAAUGGAAAACACUUCGAUGAACUAACUGUUUUAAUUAAGUAAUUAACGCGUCGAUGAACCACAAUAAAGCUAAAUCAAUGUGUAAUAAGUUUGUAGUAAUUAGUAAAAUUGCAUCAUGUAUAACGGCUCUUCGACAAACAUAAACUUUUUUCAUAUAAUUUUUAGCUUUGAGAAACAGGACUAGAACAAAGAUGUUGAAAUUUCCCUAGAGAAUCCUACUUGCCCAGAAUCCGGGUUUUGUCCGACGGAAUGUGAGCAUUUUUUUUUGGCAUGGGUCGAGUUAUAUGUCCACUUAAACACAGAAAUACUUAUAUACUAAAAAAUUGUGCCCUUUUUAGCGUCUCAUUUAAAAAGCAGCAGUGAAAAAACUUUUGUCCUUUUGCAUUUUUGCAAUUUUAUCUUUGCAGUCAUACAAACACCGCGAUAAUAAGGAAGACAGAAUUUAUUUACUGCGAUUCAACAUGCAAAUCCCACAGAUGAUGUAAGAAGUGCCCCGAAGCGUAUCGGGCCGUCCUGCCAGCAGUGGCUCUCCCAAACAACUAGUAGCAUUGAGGCCGAACCUGCAGUGAAAGGUUGGGAAAUAGUUACACAACUCUGCUGCAGGCCUGCGCCGGUGCGAAGUAAUGGUGAGCACCGACCUCGUAAUGGGCCAUGCAUCACCUGACUCAAUACGACAAAGCCGACACGAGUAAGUGGUUGCUUGGAUGACCCAGCAUCGUUUCAGAAAGACCGCAGGGAACAGAGAUGAACAUGGUUCUGCAUGGUCAAGUGCAGGGUCGAGUCAGAGCUACAAAGCAGCGGCCUUCAAGCCCCAACACUGUCUUGUAACCAGAGGGUGGCCUCGCCUGCACGAUUACAUGUGUUUGGACUGGGGGUCCACGUGAACAGGCACGUGGGAAGAGCUGCAGAAUGCUCGCGGGGAACACGGUGCCGACUGACACGCGCCCACCUGUUCGCGCGGCGUCGCCCGGCCGAGCUGUUGCCAUGGAGACGCCGCGGCGCCGCGUCCGGCAGGCUCCGGCCCGCUUCCGGCGCCCGCGUAUCGACGCUGCGGCGGCGCGGCAUCCGGCCUCGCAGCGCCCGUCGCCAUGGCGACCGCAGAAUCAACAACCGACUGCAGCAGCUCGCUUUCCUGCAGCGUUCCGUUUCCUGCACGAGUCGCACCACGCGCCGUCUCGCCACACGGGCGUUCGUACAGCAGUACUGGAUACCGGCUGUGGUGAGACUGGUCCUGCCGCGUUAGGAAAAAAAGAGUUUGGUUUGGUGAUAGAUUUUGUAUUAUACACAUAUAAAUCCGAAUCUUCAGCUUUACAUGACAAGAAAUAAAAUUGUUCUCUAAAAGAUUUAUUCACUUCCAUUGUAAAGAGACGGGCUUUAGCUAGUUUCUUCAGUAAUGCUAGACUACAAAUAUAAUGUACAUAUAUUAAGUCUCGUG